AUGAGCACAUUUAACGGAGCACACAAAUAUUUCGGUCGAACACCUACGAAAUGGAAUAUUCAUGAGUUUUUAGAGGAAUUACAGGAGAAAGCACUUCAACGAAAAAUAGAAGUUUAUCUUCUAUCUCUCGAGACCAUGGCUGAUAACCUCAAAACAGAGAAAGGUCCAAGAUAUGACAUGGCACGACUGUUGCUGGAUAAACUGCGGGUCGAGUUACAAAACAAGUGUUGGGGCACAGAUAAACUAAAAUGGGUGAAAUCUAAUGAAAGUGAAUCAGCUAGUAAACCCUCAGUUAAUCUAUACAACCCGACAAUUACCGGGAGUACUAUAAAUUCUCUGAUUAAUUCAGGAACAGUUGAUAAUUCUAAAAGAAAAAAGAAUAAUCAAUCGGUCGGCUCGACCGUUUCAAAAAAGGCCAAAACCAUCGGCGAAGAUUUGGAGGAUGACGAUUUAUUAAACAAUAAUAGAGCCGAAGGAUUUACACAUUCGAAAGCUACACCAUCAUUAGGUUCACAAUCCUUGGAGAUGCCAAUUGGAGCUACUUCCGGGUGUGAUAUACCACGUACUCUGCCUCAUCAAAUUUGCUCUACACCUAAAAAUCAAGAAUUGCUUAAACGAUUAAAGCAAGAAAAACAGCGAGUGAAAUCCAC